AUGAUUUUGUAUUUUUCAAUAGCUUAUCUUCUGUGCUUUCAAGUUGCUGAUUCAUUCUAUAAAAGAGGUAUUUGUGGGAAUCGAAGAUAUGAUUAUCGGAUUCAACGUUGUUGUGGUGGAGUCAUAACCUCAAAUGCCCAAGGUACUAGUUGUUGUGGAACUAAGGCGUACGAUUAUCGAAAUCAACGAUGUUGUGGUGGAGUCAUAACCUCAAAUGCCCAAGGUACUAGUUGUUGUGGAACUAAGGCGUACGAUUAUCGAAAUCAACGAUGUUGUGGUGGAGUCAUAACCUCAAAUGCCCAAGGUACUAGUUGUUGUGGAACUAAGGCGUACGAUUAUCGAAAUCAACGAUGUUGUGGUGGAGUCAUAACCUCAAAUGCCCAAGGUACUAGUUGUUGUGGAACUAAGGCGUACGAUUAUCGAAAUCAACGAUGUUGUGGUGGAGUCAUAACCUCAAAUGCCCAAGGUACUAGUUGUUGUGGAACUAAGGCGUACGAUUAUCGAAAUCAACGAUGUUGUGGUGGAGUCAUAACCUCAAAUGCCCAAGGUACUAGUUGUUGUGGAACUAAGGCGUACGAUUAUCGAAAUCAACGAUGUUGUGGUGGAGUCAUAACCUCAAAUGCCCAAGGUACUAGUUGUUGUGGAACUAAGGCGUACGAUUAUCGAAAUCAACGAUGUUGUGGUGGAGUCAUAACCUCAAAUGCCCAAGGUACUAGUUGUUGUGGUACUAAGGCGUACGAUUAUAGAUUUCAACGUUGUUGUGGUGGAGUAAUUUGUUAGAGAAAGUUACUCUUUCAAGCUAGUUUUUAUUCGAACUAUAAAUUCACUGCAUGUAUAUUGUAUUAAAAUAUUCAUAGAAAAGCCUGAUCUUAAUUUGUGCUAUA